AUUGUUAAUUCCAUUUAAAAAGGAAUAUUAUAAGUUCCAGAGUGAAGUGGCUAGCUAUUGGCACUAUCAUCGCAUUAACUUAUGAGCGAAGUGACACAUUUACAGGAGUGCCUUCAUCAAAAGUGUGUACUAUCUGCAAGAUGCACUGCAGAAAUUCACCAAAGAUCCUUACAGCACCUUCCAAAACCAUUUCCAUCCAGAAGAACAAGGGCAACAAAUACAUGGGAACAAGUAUCCCCUCAAAGCCACUCACCAUCCUGACUUAGAAAUAUAUCCCAGUUCCUUCAAUCUUGCUGAGUCAAAACUUGGAAUUCCCUUCCUAAGUGCAGUGUGGUUCAACCUACAGCAUGUGGACCAUCGCGGUUCGAGGAAAGCCAGCUCAUCACCAUCUUCUCAAGGGCAACUAGGAAUGAACAAUAAAUGCUGGCUCAGCCAGCAAUACCCAUGUCCAAUGAGUGAAAAAAAUAUCAGCAAACCAAGAAAAUAUGUUGAAUUCCAGAAAGUCAAGGACUUCAAGUUAAACUGGGAAAAUGAUGACAUUAUCAAAUUGAAUAAAAGGGAAACCGACCCUGUAACAAACACAUUAGUGAUGACGAAAGAACUGCAGAAAAGGCAACAGAAUUUAGAUUUUCGUAAGCUGCAAUAUCAUUUUGGAAGAAGAGUGCAGCAAAAUGUACAAGGAUCCAAUAGACUAAGGAGAAAUACUUCUGAAUUGCAAGGGUACAGCAGAGUUAAUCGACGUUGGCUGACACAAGGUAAAAAUAUCAUAGCAAGAUCAGGUGGAAGAAGACCUAUUGUUGCAGCGAAAGGAGUGAGCCCUUUGAAUCGUAAAGCCAGUUUUUGCAUGGAUUUGCAACAAAUUGCACCCAUGAAGAAAGGAAUUCAAUGGAUCAUGCGGAGAAGAGCACAGCAGGCCCAGAAGAGGUUCAGGCUAAGAAGACAGGGACCUCAAAUUCCAAAAAGAAGGAAUAUGUUCCAGAAUAGAGGGCCAAGGCAGCAGAGGAAACCAACACAGAAGCAACAACGACAAGCCGUAAUCAAAAUUAACAGAGGGUUUCCAUCACUGGGUGUAAGAGAUGGGCAGAAGAAACAAAGAACUAGGAUGUGGCGACAGCAAUCCACUUCCAGCUCCAUCCUAACAGUAUCCAUACCCAACCAGCAAGCGGUUCAGAAACGAAGAAUCCAACACCCAUCUUUGAAUGAAAGAAAAAGGAUGGCAACUAAAGCAGUGAGGAAUCAACCAAAAGGAGUUUAUCUGGGGUUCAACUUUAAGAGUAUAGCCAACCAGACAAAUAUGACCCUGAAUGAUCGUUUCUCAUCCAUGAAAAUUUGUCGGCGUUCUGCAGUAUCAAGACGAGGAGGCAGAACUGUCACUCUGGGUUAAUGUUUGCCUUAGCUGCUUUGCUUAUGGUUUCUAGUGAAAAUAUUUUUAAAAAAGGACGAAAUAUAUUUAUUAUUAGUGAUGCUUUAAAACAAACUAUUUAAUGUGCUAUGUAUUUAAAUGCACACAAAACAUCUCAAAUGGUCUCAGUGCACAUUGCUUUCACUUUUUUUAAAGCAAAUGUGCAGGCUACUCCUCUUAACUCAGUAGUUUUUGCUCAAUUUAUCCAACUGUUUAAAUUAAGCAAUUGAAAUAAACCAGCAUUAGAGAGAUUUCUUGCUGAAAAAUUGAAUUGAAAUAGGAGGAAUAAGUUGUAUCUUGAUGUGAAAGACAGAGUAUGGAGCCUUGUAAUUGUUAUGUAAAAAUGACUCGCAAAGCCAGAAGGUUGACUCUGUGUUAAUGGGGAGUGAAUGUCCAGCUAUAACAAUGCAUUUGACAGUCAAAGAAUUAAGGUUUUACAGUAUUGGAAGGGGUCAAGUACAAAGAGAAGGUUAUUUCAAGCAUUUAUUAAUGGCUGGGCCUCAGUCAGUGCUACAGCACAGACCAUGGAGUGUCAGAGACUGUUAUUUUAAAGGAUGCCGUGUUAUCAGAGAUGCUUGUGCAAGUGUGACGGGGGUUAAUUGACAGAAUUUCGAUUAAUGAAAAAAGCAGUAAUGGGUCUGAUCCCAUGGGUGUCAUAAAUGCUUCAUUUGUGAAAUGGGAAAACUGCAUUAAAAUUGACAUUUUCUUUAAUCAAUAGGUGCUGUUAUCACCGAUGCAGGUCCAAUGUUCUCUCAGUUCUGCUGGAACACUAAAUUUAAUGUCAUUACAUUCUGCUUCAAGUUUGAUAAGCUUUCUAUUAAUGUUGAAAUCGUUUAAUUGGGUAGAAGUAGGGCUGCCACCUGUUCUGGCACAAUUACUUUAUCCAACCAGUUUAAAAUGCAGCCAGUUGCUGGAACAAGUUUAGAAUAUUCAGACUGUAACAUACAAGUGAAUCCUGCUGCUUGGUAAUUUCAUCCUAAUAGAUUAAGAGGAUGACUGGCAUCACAAAAGUUCCAGUCAUUGGUGAUGUAUUAAAAUGAAAUGGUCAUCAAUAUGUGUAAAAUAA